AUGGGACCAGUGUCCGGGGAACUACACGCAGUUUCACUGCUCGGCAUGAAUCGCGUUAUGAAGUGCAUGGUUAUGCUUCCGGUGAGCAAACACCUGAUCGCCAAGGUGUUUUGCAACGCGGUUCUCUUCACCACUGUGGGGUUUUCCACCAGCUGGCGCUUAAGCUUCGAAUAUGACCUCGCCUAUGACUUUCGCAACGAUCCAUUUUCCCGCAUCAUCGAUCUGAUGAAUUUUAUAGCUCUGAUAACAAGCCACGUCAUCAUUGUCAUGGAACUGGUUUGGCUUAAAAGCGGUGAUGACAUUAAUAGUCAGCUGGAGGAGAUUCGCCGUGAGAUGAACGUGCUCUUAGGUGUACAGGUCAACCUGCAGCGAGUUCGAGCCUACUGCAAUGCCGUUUAUGCAUCGCUGUUCAUCCGCUGCCUGGCCUUCGGACUGGUGACUAUCUAUGCCAACCGAUCCCUUACCUACUAUGCCUUCUACUCGGAAAUAGUAUUGCUGGUGCGCUUCUCCCAGUUUACUCUAUUCUCUGCCGUGAUUAUGGUACUGUACCAGGAGCUGUCUCCGGCCGGCGAAAGUGUCCUGGCGGAACUGGAGUGUUCGCUCUUCGAGUUGAGUUCGGUGCGCCGAUCGUCUCUGGAGAAACUGGCCAAGUUGCAGCGGGUCCAUGGAUUACUUUGGCGGGCUAUCCGCUGCCUGGAGCACAAUUUCCAGAUAUGUCUAAUCACCAUGCUCCUGAAGUUCUUUGUGGACACCUCGGCGCUGCCCUAUUGGAUCUACCUCAGCAAAGUGCAGCACACAGGUGUGGCUGUCCAAAGCUAUUGCGGCAUUGACGAGUGUGUAAAGAUCCUGGAGGUCGUCGUUCCCUGCUGGAUCUGCACUCGCUGCGAUGUAAUGCAGCGAAGAUUCCGCUCGAUGUUCUACACUCUCACCAAAGAUAGACGCAACAGCCAGCUGAAUGCGGCUCUUAACCGGCUGUGCCUGCAAUUGGGCCAGGAGAGAUGCCAGUUCAGUGCAGGCGGACUGGUGGAAAUCAGCACGGAGAUGCUGGGAAAGUUCUUAUUCGGAAUGAUCAGCUACAUUGUGAUCUGCAUACAGUUUAGUUUGAAUCUCACCGCCAGUAACUCCAGUAAAGUGGCCAGCAUUCCCACAACGAAUGCGCCCCUUUAA